UGAUUGACGAAGGAUAAGCGAAAAGGGAGAAAAUAGUAGUAAUUACGGAGAAAAAAAAAAGCAAUGAAUGGAAGAUAAAUUUAACCUGUGAAUCGCUAAACAGAGUGACACUUUGUAAGGUCGUUGUCAGUUGAUCAUGGGGAAUGUUUAAAGGGUUAGCAAGUACUUAAGAAUAGUGAGCACAAUGAUAAAUUUGUUUGUAAUAAUGCGCAAUAAGUAUUACUUCAUGGGAUGAGUUCCUCUCUUAUUUCGGUGACUCUCUGCGUUAUUCGCGUUGAGAUUGUUGACGAGAACUCUGAAGAAUCGAAUGGCGCAAUGGCUGCCAAGAUGAGGGGUCGCAGAGAACCAACCAAGAUAAAUAUGGAGAAUUGCACAAAUCUUAUAGAAAAGCAAGAAACAACACUUCCUUCUCAGGGAACUAGCAAAUCUAGUUUUACUUCUAGGGCUAAUUCUAAGGAAAAUACUUAUGAUGAUUCAGAGAAAGCUGGUGCAAGUGCUUGUGCCUGUGAUCAAAUUAAUUUCAUUUCUGGAAAUCCAUUUGUUGAAGUGACCAAAGGAAUUAUACAUUUAUAUAAAGAAAACAAAUUAACAGAUAUACAUCAUGCAGCAGAACGUACCCAAACUAUCUGCAUUCUCUCAGUUCCAGCUACAAUGACUUGUCAUGAUCUUUUAAGGUUUACAGCACCUUGCCAUCAAGAUAUUCAACAUUUUAGGAUCCUUAGAGAUGGCAGUCCUAAUCAAUAUAUGGCAUUAAUUACCUUUAAAUCUGCGAGUGCAGCAACAGAAUUUUAUGGUUCUUUUAAUGGUACUCCAUAUAAUUCUUUUGAACCAGAUGUUAUCUGCCAUAUGGUAUUUGUGUAUAGUGUAGAAGUAACAUAUAAUGCUAUGCCCCUCUCUGGACACACAGAAUUACCACUUUGUCCAGUUUGCUUAGAGAGAAUGGAUGAAAGUGUAGAUGGGAUUUUAACAAUUUUGUGCAACCAUACAUAUCAUGCAAGUUGUCUAGCCAAAUGGGGAGACACCUCUUGUCCAGUUUGUAGAUAUGCUCAAACACCAGAACCAGUUGCAGAUAGUUAUUGUAUGGAAUGCAAUACUGGCGAGAGCAAUGAUGUUUUAUGGAUCUGCCUAAUAUGUGGACAUAUAGGUUGUUCACGAUAUCAUCAAGGACAUGCUUUUCAACACUAUCAUGAAACACACCACUGUUAUGCUAUGCAUUUAGAGAGCAACAGAGUUUGGGACUAUGUUGGAGAUAAUUUCGUUCAUCGGUUAUUGCAAAAUAAAGAUGGAAAAAUGGUUGAGGGUGGUCCUACAGCAACUAAAGCUGAAGGUGCUGCAAUGGAAGAAAAAGUGGAUUCCGUACAGUUGGAAUUUACAUAUCUUUUAACAUCACAAUUAGAAACUCAAAGACAGUAUUUCGAAGAUAGACUAGCACGACUAGAACAACAUUCUGUAUUACAAACUACAGAACUUAGAGAAAAACUAGGUCAAGUAUCAGAAGAAAAUGCCAAAGUUAAGGAACAGUUAGCAACAUUAAGUCGGGAGAAGCAAAAUGUAGAUAAACGACUGCAACAAGUUAGUAAUAAAUUAGUACAAGUACAAGCAGAACUAACUGAAGAAAAAGAAUUACGAAAGGCAUUAGAAUUAAAUCAAGCUUCUUGGCAAGAUAAAUAUAAAACACUAGAAAAUGAAAUGACCGAAUGUCAAAGGACAAAGCAGGUCGAAGUCUCAAAUUUAACGGAACAAGUGCAAGAUUUAAUGUUUUAUCUUGAUGCUCAAAAGAAAGUUGAAAAUUCAGAAUUACGAGAAGAAAUUGCAUCAGGUCGUAUAGUGAUUCCGGAAACCUCUACUUCUGCUAAGAAGACCACCCGACCUUCUAAAUCUCGCAAAAAACGUUGAUGCUCUUUACUGAUAUUCUAUGUAAAAAUUGAGUUUUAAAUCGUAUUUGAAAAUUAAGAACUAAUUUUGUAUCAUGCUCUUAAUUAUGUCAAAAUAAAUACCUAAAUUUUUUACUGGUUUUAAA